AUGGGCGUUCCGGUAGAAGGGUUAACUCAGUACUAUCGUCGUCCUCCAGGCGGGCCUAGGCAAGAAAUCGAGGUUCAUGCACCGCCUGCUCAAGACGAGGCAAUAAAAGUCAAUUUUCAGGAAAACAUCUCAAAUAAUUUGGAAAGACAACAACUCGAGAGAGAAAAACUUGAGCUGGAGCAACAAUUACAACAGCAACGUGAAAUAACUGCAGAAAGAGAAAGACAGAUUCAACAACUUGAAGGCGACAAAGACAAUUUGACAACCAGAUUGAGACAGCAACAAGAUCAAAUGCUUGGAAAAGAAAGAGAUCUACAGAAUAAAAACAUGGCGAUAGUAAAUUUUACAACAAGAUUACGUGCAUAUGAGAGACAAAAGAAUGAACACGUUAAAAAUUCUCGUCACCGCGUUGUCUGUUACGCUAUUGUUUGCAUUGCUCUUCUGGUCGCUGUUCAAGAUGUUAUGGACAUAUCAAUGCAAGAUUUCAUUUUGAAAGUUGCCACAUUGAACUCUGAAAUUACAGAACUCCAGAAUAAUUCUGAAGAAUUACGGGCUUUACUCGAAAAGACAAAGUCAGGAAAUGCAGUCUUACGAAUGGGACAACAGAAAAUCCAAAUGCAAUUAGAGAAUUGCAAAAGCAAAAUAGUAGUCUUGAAAAAGGAAUUUCCAAAAACAUGCAAAGAUGCGCGUCAAACAGAAGAUUCAAGUGGGAAUAUGGUGAAGAUUUUUAUUCUCGGUUUUGAAAGGACAAGUGUCAGAUGCAAUUUCCACACUGACGAAGGGAAUUGGUUGGUAAUUCUCCGACGUGCAGAUGGUUCAGUCGAUUUUGAUAGAAAUUGGAACAAUUACAUAAAUGGAUUCGGCGAUCUUGAAACUGAGUUUUGGUUUGGUUUGGACAAGUUACAUCACCUUACAUCGAGUCAAACUUAUGAACUUCGAAUCGAUAUGGAAAACUUCAACGGAGAAAAGAAAUUCGCUAAAUAUGGAAAAUUCGAGAUUGCAUCAUCAUCUGAAAAGUACAAGCUGACAAUUGGCGAAUACUCAGGAGAUGCAGGAGAUUCCUUUAGUUACCACGAUCAAAAACCGUUUUCAACUAAAGAUCAUGAUAACUUUAAUGGUUACAACUGCGCCAAACAUCACAAGGGAGGAUGGUGGUUUCAUACCUGCCAUUACUGUCAUUUGAAUGGACCGUAUGUCGAACAGGAAGUAGUUGGUAGAGGCGCUCCGGGAAUAAAAUGGAUGUCGUGGAGAAAAUCAGAUGAUGAAUUCUACCGACUUAAGAUCGUCGAAGUGAAAAUUAGACCUGUGGAAUGAAACUGAGUACUUUACAUGCAAUCGUUUUUAGUGUACACUAGAUGUGGCCAUCGCGACUUGAAAAAAAUACUUGGUAUAAUUAUUAACCAAAGGAGAUAACAUAUUUACCCUAAAAAAUACUUUAUCACGAAUAAUACGCAAUACUUUUAUUUGAAAAAUCAUUAUUACGAAAUGCCCAUAUUUUUUGUUUUGCCAUAAAUCAAAGCAUAUAUAAAAAACAACUGAAUAAUCGGUAAAUAACAGAUUUUAAAUCACAGGAUCAUUCAUUGCAAUAUUUUGUUGCAUUGCUUGUACUGGGGAGUGAUAGGUGUGUGUUAAACAGUGAAUGUGUUUUAACGAUUUCAUUUUACGUGUGAUAAUUUUACUUGCUUGCUUGAUUACUUGAAUUAAUCUCUGUGCGCAGA